AUUUGUAUGGAACAAGCCUCGUAUCUCUUUUUCCAGUCGGACGGCUCAGAAGUAUUUGUCGUUUUCUUUAGAAAUGUCCAGUACUGGUCACAAAAGAGUUAAAGACAGAACUAUCUGCUGUAAUAUGAAUGCAGCUUCCGGGGGUGGUGUCACUUUCUAGCCUAGGAGUGUCGGUCUCCUCUUACAGGUAUGGCUGCCUGUCCCCGGGGAGGUCCUGUGUGGUGUGUAGGGGUGUGGACUGGCUUCAGGUGAACGGAACUGAAGACCAGGAAAGACUUUAUUGUAGGAGUCCUCAAAAGACAUCCGGAGGGUCAGGAUGUUCCGCAAUUCCAGGAGGCGUCGGUCUCAGGCAGCGGAGGUCAAUGUAACAGGACAAGGUCAACCAUGUUACUCCUGCAAAGAACGGUGUCCAGGUUUCCUUGCACACAGGUGGAGAAAGAUCUGCCAGCAUUGUCACUGCCUAUGGGAAGAUCAUGGCAGCGCCACGUCUCCUCAGGAUCUAGAGCGGUCACUGUGCCAUAUGGUGGGGGUGGCGCGCUUGUCCUCAGGUGAAAGCAGUACUGAAGGGACCUUUGAUAAAUAUGCCUGGGUUCCCCCUGGACUAACCCCCGAGCAGGUGCACAACUAUUUCAGAUGUCUUCCAGAAGACAAGGUCCCCUAUGCGCAGAGUAUAGGCGAACGAUACAGACUGAAGCAACUCCUCCACCAACUACCCCCACAUGACUGUGAGACCCAGCGCUGCUGUUUGUUCUAUGCUAGGCCCAGUACCGAUGUUAGUUCUAAGCCGGUUCUGUCCCAGGCCCGGUACUGCUGCUCUUUGCAGGGAGAGGAAGAAGAGGAGUUACUUUUGCUCUUCAGCCAGAAACGGAAACUUGAAAAUUUGGGUCGCGGGUCUGUACGUCCGGUCUCCAGAACCAUGAGCGGCACCGUCUGUCAGAAGUGUGGGCACCAGAUCAGCGGGGGUGACGUGGCGGUAUUUGCAUCCCGGGCAGGACUAGGCUCUUGCUGGCAUCCUCAGUGUUUCUCCUGUACCCGCUGUUCAGAGCUACUCUGUGACCUCAUCUACUUCUACCAUGGAGGACAAGUGUACUGUGGCCGGCACCAUGCCGAACUUCAGCGUCCGCGAUGCCUGGCGUGUGAUGAGAUUAUCUUCUCAGUGGAAUGCAUGCAGGCGGAGGGGCACCAUUGGCACACCAGGCACUUCUGUUGCUUUGAGUGUGAAUGCUCUAUUGUAGGUCAGCGUUACAUCAUGAAGGACAAGCGGCCAUACUGCUCUCCCUGCUAUGAGAGACUCUACGCGCAGUACUGUGACAGCUGCGGUGAGAUGAUAGGUGUAGAUGAAGGACAGCUAUCCCAUGGAGGACAGCACUGGCAUGCAUCCGAGCGAUGCUUCUGUUGUGAAAGGUGUGGGUCAUCACUUCUGGGCAGGCCAUUUCUACCGCACCAUGGGCAAAUUUAUUGCUCCAGGGCCUGCAGCCUUCCACGGGCGAAUAGCGAGCGCUCGAUCAGCCCGGCACAGUCGGAUGCAUCUCCACGCAAAGAAACGAGAGAUAUCGGCACGUCUACCAACCUAGAGCCUGAGGGAGAAAGUUUUGGAGAAAGACGAAUGGGAGGAGGAAGAAGGUCCAUGUCCAUGAUUGAUCAGUCAAAGACACCCCAAAAUUGCAACUCAUACGUAACUCCAGUGAGGUCUAUACACUCCAGCUUAAGAGGACCACCUCGCGAAUUCUCCCGUGAAUGUUCCCAAAGACGCUCUCUACCUGACCUCAGGAGUCAGAAUCGGACCGGCCCUCGAGUCACCUUUAAAAUCCCUCUUAGCACAGAACUGAAAGAACCCAUACAUUUCACAUAUCCGUCGUUUUCUUCUACUUCUUCCUCUUCUGAUGAUGAGGAGGAAGGAUAUUUCUUAGGAGAACCCAUUCCUUUGCCGGCCUUUAUGAGAUCUCCAGGACAGCCUCCUCCACCCAUUCCUCCCCCAACACCAAAGAAGAAAGACAAGAAUUGUACCAUGUCCUGAACCACAUGGGCCCAGAGGCCAUUAUAAAACAUCACUGUAACUUCUGGGCUCCAGCCGUGGCACUGUAACUUCUGGGCUCCAGCCGUGGCACUGUAACUUCUGGGCUCCAGCCGUGGCACUGUAACUUCUGGGCUCCAGCCGUGGCACUGUAACUUCUGGGCUCCAGCCGUGGCACUGUAACUUCUGGGCUCCAGCAGUGGCACUGUAACUUCUGGGCUCCAGCAGUGGCACUGUAACUUCUGGGCUCCAGCAGUGUAGCUGAAAAUUGAUAUUUAUUGGGAUCCUGUUAUCAUUGAUGUGGAAGCAAUAUUUGUAUUUACUGUGCAGACAGAAGAGACUCAGGGAACUUAGAAUUUCAUUACAAAUUCCUUUUACACGUUUCCUAAAACUUUUGUCCAUUACUACAUGUACAACCCCUGUAAAAAUAAUGGAACUGACUAUGGUCAGUCAGCCUGUUUACUUUAAAACAAAUACAAAUCACAGAUAUGAAACAAAGCAACAUUUAAAGAGUACCUGUCAUGUGUUUGAUAUAUUUUUUUUAUCCUCCCAGUUCACUGCCCCAUCA